GUUCUUCUUACAAGUCCUCAGAAUCCAGUGGAAACAAGGGUCUGAUGACUCGAGAAUCAUUUGUCAAUACAAUGUCUGCAAAGAUUAAGCAAGGCACUAAGGAGGAAUAUGGUGAGCUUUUUGAUAAGAUAGAUUUGAUCCGGGAUGGCCUUAUCGAUUGGGAUAAAUUGACUUCCUUUGUGCUUCUUGAGCUAUAUGAAAGAGAUGAACGAACCAAGAUGUCAGUCAUUCCCCAGUGGAAAGAUCUCCGUUUUCUCCCAACAAUACAUAAAGAUGUUAUUCAGAAUGUGAUAUGUUUUAAACACCCCAGCAAAUACCUGACUGUGAGCAGAAAUGGAUUGCUUGGCAUCUGGGGAGAAAGCUUAAAGUUACAAAAGAUGGUGCAAAUCACUACAGAAGCUGUGAAACCCAAAGACCUCUGGGUGACUUCUCUGGUUGCAUUACCAAAUGUUAACAAGGUAGCCGUUGCAUUUACAAACAAAGAGAUCCAUUUUGCAGAGUUAAAUUUCAAAAAAAAGUUCUCGUGUCAAUACAGGCUUCAAGGCUUUGAGGGAACAGUGACAUGCAUGCACUACUGGUAUAACCCUCAUGAUGGAAACGAAGCUAUUCUGAGCCUGGGAGAUGUCUGUGGACAGGUCCAAGCAAUUAUCUUCAAUGCAGCCUUAAUUUCAUUGUUUGAACGGCCUCCCAGUUCUCUUGAAGAUGAAAAUGUGACAGUGACAAUUAAUUGGCAGGAGUUGGUUUCUGGGUAUCACAAAUGCUGCCACACCUUAAGACACAAAAUCCAUAAUAAAGAAUGGAUUAAGCAAGUUUUGUACAGCUCGUCUUUAGAUGCAUUCUUGUCUGUUACCACCAGCAGCACAAAGACAUUGGCGCUAGCCUGGAGGGAAAAAUUAAGUCCUUGCCUAACAAUGACAGCUUUCCAUAUUGACCAAGGAGUCAAUGCCUUUGACUUUCAUUCCAGACUUAACUUAAUAGCAACUGCAGGAAUUAAUUGCUCCGUCUGCCUUUGGAAUCCUUAUGUCACAUCAAAACCUGCUGGAAUCCUGACAGGUCAUUCUGACAGCGUAAUAGCCGUCCAGUUCAUUACUGAACGCAAACUGCUCUUCAGCUUUGCCAAGGAUAAGAUCUUAAGGCUUUGGGACAUUCAGCAUCAACUUUGCAUGCAAAGAAUUGCUGGAUCCUUCCCUAAAAGUGUGGAUUUUCACUCCACCCUUUAUUUUCAUGAAUCACAAGGUCUCCUAUUCAUCUCAAUGAACAACCAACUGAUGGUCCUGGAAAUGGAAUGCGAAUUAGGAAAAAGGAGAGUGGCAAGUCACAAGAAAGCUGUGACUUGCCUCCUGUAUAAUUCAGUGCUCCAACAGGUAAUCAGCUCAGAUACUGGAUCUACAGUUAUCUUCUGGUUGAUUGAUACUGGGCAGAAAAUCAAAGAGUUUACUGGUUGUCAUGGCAAUGCAGAGAUCAGCACUAUGGCUCUUGAUGGGACUGAGACCCGGCUCUUCACUGGGGGAACAGAUGGAACAGUCAAGAUCUGGGACUUCAAUGGAUACUGUCACCAUAAGCUCAAUGCUGGAAGGGACCAAACAGUUGAAAUUUCUCAGAUUUUGGUGUUAAGCUGGACUAUCUUGGUCCUAGGAUGGGACAGGGUGAUCACGGUUUUCCGCCUAAAUAAUUUGACUCAGUAUCUUGUUCAGCCUUCGGAAUGGAAAGGAGGAACUCAGCAUAAGGAUGACAUUUUAUGUGCAGCAUUUUUACCUCCACAGACUCUUGUCACAGGCAGUUCUGAUGGUGAGAUUGUUGUAUGGAAUAAUAGUACUGAAAAUGCCAUCAUGAAGCUUUCCUACAAUCCUGGAAGAUCAUUGAGGUCCAACUCAGAUAGCGAGGUGAGAAGAGUUUGUUCUCAAAUGCUACAGAACAAAACAUAUGACAAACAUAUGAGGUCUGCAGCUAAUCCUGAAGCUGAAAACUGCAAUGCUAUAACCAGACUUGUCUUCUUAAAGAGUAGAAAUAUCUCAGCCACAGGUGGAGCCAACCUUGUCUCUUGUGGAGGUGCUGGUUGGGUCCAGUUUUGGAAUACACAAAGAAGCAAGCUACUGGCAGAAUUUGAAGCUCACAGUGGUGUAGGAUCUAUUAUUAUGACAACUGAAAAACGAAACCAGUAUCUCAUCACAGCCGAUCUGGUUGGAUGGCUAAAAAUAUGGGACAUAGAGGACUACUGCCUUGCUCGGGAAGAAACUAUCAUAACACAACCACCUGCUCUACUAAGAUCAUUUCAGGCACAUGAAGACUGCAUCACUAGCCUGGAGUCUUGUUGGCAAAACGCCUGUCUUUUUAUUGUGACUUCUUCAACAGACCGUAGCAUCGUUCUCACGGACAUUUCUGGCAUUCCGUUUGGGAUAUUUGGACAGGAGGAGCACUGGAGAAUUGGAAAUCAUGUGCCAUCCUUGUCCAAAGGAGAAAAUGGUACCCAAAGCGAAACAGAGAAAAAUGUAAUAAAGGACAACCCUGUCCAAUUAGUUGAAGACAAUGCUCCCCCUACUAUCGUGGAACAAAUUCAGCCUGUUGCAGGGGACAGCUGUACAUUCAUGGGAAAUAAUAUAUGGGAGAACACAAUCCUGGGGAAAAAAUUCCAAGAGAGACAAAAUGAGAAAGGAAAGAAAUACAGUCUCAGCACUAGAAUGACUGGGAUAAAACCAUCAGUUGUAUUUAGGUCACUGAAGAUUGAAGCCCUGAAGGAGAUAACAGAUACGAAUGAACUCGAAUUAUUUUUGCACCCUGACAAAUACUGUGGGGAGAAGUUAGCAGAGAAAUCUUCUAAAGAUUUAAAACUACCUACUUUUUCAGCAACUCUGAAAGCUGCCUUUGAUGAAAAGAACUUAUUCCCCAAAGAAAUUCUGGAUCGUGAAAAACGGUCAAGACAGUUGCAGGAAGAAAUGUGUCCCAAAGAUAGGAUAACAAGCGAGAGAAAGCAAGGGAAGGUGAAACGAAAAUGAAUCAUUCAUGACUUCAAAAGGAAGAUGCCGCUGGAUAGAUAAUGUUGUCUUUUUUCAACAACAACAACAACAACAAAAAAGGAUAUGCUCCACCAAGAAACGUUGAAGAAUGGGAUUGAAGAUGUUUAAGGGAAAACUGGUGAACUUUUAUCCAACAGAACUCCUGACAAACUGGAUGACUGGAUGACUAAAAGAAAACAAAUGUCUUGUCAUCAUAAAGACAAUCCAUGGAACUGUAGACUGGUCAGGAACAGAAUACUACAUUACACUACCUACCAGAGCAUAUAAAACAUUUGCUAGACCAAUUCUAGAAUACAGCUCGCCUGUUUGGAACCCUCACCACAUCUCUGACAUCAAUACAAUUGAACGUGUCCAGAAAUAUUUUACAAGAAGAGUUCUCCAUUCCUCUGAAAACAACAAAAUACCUUAUCCCACCAGACUUGAAAUCCUAGGCUUAGAAAACUUGGAACUCCGUCGCCUUCGACAAGACCUAAGUUUAACUCAUAGAAUCAUCUAUUGUAAUGUCCUUCCUGUUAAAGACUACUUCAGCUUUAAUUGCAAUAAUACAAGAGCAACCAAUAGAUUUAAACUUAAUGUUAACCGCUUUAAUCUAGAUUGCAGAAAAUAUGAUUUCUGUAACAGAAUCAUUAGUGCUUGGAACACUUUA